CCUCAGUCCUCCUUUUUUUUUUUCGGCUGCUGUUCAUUCCGAAAAUCGCCAACAUAACAACUGCAACAACGCUAAAAUUACUACUUCACUCCUUGGGAUCGGACAUGUCGGGCUAAAAUUCAAAGGCGAUUGGACUUGGUUGAUUCUCUUCUUCGGGCUCUUUCGUCUCGAACCUCUCCGCCAGCACAGAUUUCCCGGACGGUCAUUGACCCAGAAGAAGGAUGGCCCUGCCGAACUGGUCGGCACCCCCCGUUCGUUGGCACUUGCAUUGUCCACCGGUGUAAUUGUGUCAUUACCAAGUACAUGGGCGUGUCUGGCCUGCUGAGGUCGUGGCUUUGACGCAUCUACCCGUGUGAUCUGGAGCCUGACCCGAAUCCAAUCAGCGGCGCCGUGGCUUGUUCCCCAUUGAUUGAGCACUGAGCGAGCCUCUCUCUCUUGUUCACUGAAUCCAUGCAGUCCCUAAUCCAAAGUGGGUUGCCCGUGUUGUCGUCCAAGUUGAAGGAUAUGGAUUCAUUGGAAAAGAUGCGGCGGUGGAAGCGAUCGUUCGAUGGAUUCAUCUCUUUCCGGAAGGCCCUGGGUUUGGCCUUUGUCACGUUUGUAUUCAUCCUGUAUGUGGGACCCACAUUGUUCAGUUGGUUGUUCGGCUCGGGACGUCCAUUUCCCGACGGAUCCGAACCCUACACCACCGAGACCUGCAUCGGCGACAAAAUGAUCACCUUCCUCGCCGAUAUCCAGAAGCACAAUGCCCACGCUCAACAUCAUCCUUGGCGGGUCACGGAUAAGAGCUAUGUGCCCUAUGUGGGCAAUGGCCAAGUCGGAGUGGCGGCCGACUCGGAGGCCGGUCUGUUUGUGGCCGGUUCUCGCCAUUUAAGCCAACCCGUGCCUUUCAAGCCCGUCGCCCACGUGGCGCCCGAAGGCAGUCACGUGUUCCUCGAGGAGAGUGCCACACUCGUCCAUUAUGUCACCGGGGUGGUGCACAAAGCCCGGUGCUAUCAGACGGAUCGAGGUUCCUGGCUGAGUGUGGCCCAACAGUUCUACGCCCAUCGAGCCUUUCCCGCCAUAUUGGUGCAAGAGGUGAAGAUGACCAAUCCCGGUCCCAGGCCGCAAAUCUUCAAUGUCGAGCGUUUGGGCAUCUCCGAUUGGGUGGAUGCCCGAUCUCGAACCAAGACAUUGGAGCAUGGCGAUGGUGGACAGAAAUACACGAUUGUGUCCGGACAGGUUGAACUGACCGACAAGUCGUUCCGUUACGUUACCAUUGUGGCCAAGAAGUUACCCUCGGCCAUGGAAGUGGCCUCUCGCAUGACACAAACUUUGAGUAUCCUGACUGCUGUGGUCUAUUCCGAGCCUUUAAGCGAGGUGGAUGAAGUGCUCAGGGACUCGCUAGAAUCCAAAGCUACAAAGGAGUUGCUGAAAGCUGUGGGUAUGACGAGCGUGUCGUUGAAAAAUCUCCAUCAGGAUGUUUGGAAAAGCCUUUGGAACACGGGCUUUGGUAUUUCCCACUCAAUGGCCGAGAAUUCGGUCAAUGGCUUGCAAAUCAAUGCCACCAUGUAUUACGUUCUGUCUCAAGUGCCCGCUCCCAUUCACCGCUACCAAUUACAGGGAGCCGAGAAACUGGAUCAGCUCUCAAUUCUAUCUUAUGCCGAAGGCUGCUAUGGUGGAAUUCCUACUCUUUAUGCACCCAAUUUAUGGAAAUCGCUCAGUUCUGUGGAAGAAGUGAAUGCAGUUGUCAAGUCUUGGGUUCUCACGUUGGAGAAAAAUGGUUGUGGAAAACUAAUAAAAGCUGGAGCAGAUGGAGUGGUACAAGCCAUGGUUUUAAGCUUUGCUGCCUUCAAAUUCCGCGAGGAUCACUUGGAAUUGAAUUCGCAGCCCAAAGAUCUUCAUCGAGAUUACUUUUUCCGACGAAUCAGUUAUGGCAACAGCACCCAUCUAAACAUUAGUAUCGUCAUAUCCGAGGAGAAUAAACCCGUGAUUAAGGUGGCAUUGGAUCGACGGGACAAGGACUACUUUGCUUGCGAUGCAGGUUGCUUGGAUCGACCCUCACCGCUCUCCACCGAAACCAAGAGCUUUCCAGUCAAGCUGACCGAUCCAAUCACGGCGAUUCUUUACAUUACAUCCGAUCACCAGCACAUGGAGGAGCUCAAAGAAGCGAUACACGUGAAAGAAGUAGUCGAAGCUCCGGCCCAUGAACACCAUGUAAUCGCUCUUCAUCGCCACGGCAACAAAUUGGGAGGCUUACCCGGGAUUUUCUGGUUUAGCAUCGGCUUCCUCAUUUUGGCCUUCCACAUGUUCUUGUUCAAAUUGAUCUGGCAAGAAUACUGUGCCGGACAGGACAGGUUCAGAACGAGCAAAGACGUUUGAAUUAACUAGAAGAAGAAAAUAUUCCGACUACCAAUGAUAAGCCUUGUUCGUGAUCCCGGGGGCACCUAAAAAUGGUCACACGUCCGGCUCACCUCCGAUACUUAAUUAUAAAUUGUCAUUCAUUGUUAGAUUUGAUUUCAUCGGCUUGUCCUCCGAGAAUGUCUUUAAAACCUUAAAUUCGAGUCUACUAGUACAGUUGAUAGUACCUACAAAAUGAAUCUAUUUUAUUAAAUAUGGUUGACGUUUCUAUACCUUAA